AUGCUCUUGGCAAGGGCAUUCAGUGGGUCAAGCAAAGCUCAAAGCCCACUGCGAGCGCUCAUGUCCGAGCAGAGAUCGUUGCGCACAUGCGCAAAAAGAAGGCCCUUGCCUUUCUGGGGCGGCACCAACACUCGUGACGUUGGGAAAGUCGACAGCUGCGAGGAUUAUUUCAACGAGCUCGAGCGCGCUGAGUCAGGGAUGGGGAAUCUCGAAUUGCACGCAGCUGCCGAGAUCUUCGGCCUUACCAUCGUUGUCGUGCCUCAGCUGGCGGAUCAUCAACCUGUCAAAUUCGGCGAGGGCUCGUUCAAGAUUGCCUUGUGGUUCUCCGGAGCCCAUUAUUCCCGAAAGCAUCGCGAAGGGUUCUUCCGUGUGGAACGCCGCAGCUGA